AUGUGGCGUCUGGCGAAGCAUCUCUCACGCCGGCCCACAGUGCUGCUGCCCGGAUGGACGCCUCAGCGGACGAUGGCGAAGAAGGGCAAAGGCGAGGAGUUCGUGGUGACUCCGUGCGAAGUUGUUCGCUUCUGCGAGGAGGUGCUGGUUAGUGCAGGCGCCUGCCAGAGCAAUGCGAAGGAGGCGGCGCACGUCAUAGCCGCAGCAGACUACUUUGGCCGCAGCACGCACGGCAUCUUACGGCUGGGCUUUUAUGUGGACGAGCUGUGCAGCGGCAGAGUGAAUGGGCAAGCGCGCCCGUGCCUCAUACAGGAGACGUCUGCCACAGCCAACGUGGAUGGCUGCAACGCAAUGGGCGCGGUCGUCGGCAACUUCUGCAACAACCUCGCCUUAAAGAAAGCAAGGGACUGCGGCGUCGGAUACGUCUGCGCCAGGCAUGCAAACCAUUUUGGGAUAGCAUCGUACUACACCAGAUUCAUCGCGGACUGCGGUAUGAUUGUAAGUGAUCCAAUUCCAGGCUGCUGUAUGGCAGAAGCGUCACCUGGUGGCCACACGUGA